CGGCGAUAACUGAAAAGUCAAAAGUCAAAAUUCAAGAGGAAGAGGAGUUUCUAAUCAUGUCUCUCUCUGUUUUCUUCUUAUUCUUCUAUCAAACCGUCAAGUUGGGAAACAAAACAAAACUCGCAAGUUUAACAACGCGUCUUCUACCUCCUCCUCAUCGGACUAUUUAUCUAUAGUCUUCGUUAGAUCAAUUCCUCUGUUUUACUCCUAAGUUUCGAGAUCCACAUUUCUCUUUAACCUCAUCUCAUCUCUUAGUCGAGAUCUUCACUUUCUGAUGACAAUAGGGUCGUUUUUCUCUUCUCUCUUAUUCUGGCGCAAUUCUCAGGUAACCUCAAUCGACUAUUCUCUGUUCUACUCCCUUUUUUCUUUAUCAUUUUAAAAAUCCUAACAUUGAAAAUAAAGUAGUUAAAUAGAGUCAACGAAAACAUUGUUAAUGAAACAGUGGUGUGCUUAGCAUAACGAAUCAGACAGACAAAAAGUGUCUGGAUCCGUAGAGCAAAGUGUUGUCGUGUCUUUGACAAAGUUCUUUGUUUGCCUAAACCAAUUUGUUCAUCCGAUAGAAUGAAUUGCAUUCCGUUGUUACUAUCAUCCAAACCGGAGAUGUCAAGCCCUAACCCUCAAGACCAGGAGGCGCAGAGAGGGAGGAUGCAGGAGAUAGAUCUUAGUGUUCACACUAUAAAGUCCCAUGGAGGAAGAGUCGCUUCUAAACACAAGCACGAUUGGAUCAUACUCGUCAUCUUGAUUGCCAUCGAGAUAGGCUUGAACCUCAUCUCUCCUUUCUACCGCUACGUGGGAAAAGACAUGAUGACUGACCUCAAGUACCCUUUCAAGGACAACACCGUACCUAUCUGGUCUGUCCCUGUGUACGCUGUGCUUCUUCCCAUCAUAGUGUUCGUCUGCUUCUACCUGAAGAGGACAUGUGUGUACGAUCUGCACCACAGCAUCCUCGGGCUGCUCUUCGCCGUCUUGAUAACUGGUGUCAUCACUGACUCCAUCAAGGUAGCCACCGGACGCCCUCGUCCUAACUUCUACUGGCGCUGCUUCCCCGACGGCAAAGAGCUGUAUGAUGCGUUGGGAGGUGUGGUAUGCCACGGCAAGGCAGCUGAGGUCAAGGAAGGCCACAAGAGCUUCCCGAGCGGACACACUUCCUGGUCCUUUGCGGGGCUUACAUUCCUUUCCCUUUACCUCUCUGGCAAAAUCAAGGCCUUCAACAAUGAAGGACAUGUGGCGAAACUCUGCCUCGUGAUCUUCCCUCUGCUUGCCGCUUGUCUUGUGGGGAUAUCUCGUGUGGAUGACUACUGGCACCACUGGCAAGAUGUCUUCGCAGGAGCUCUCAUUGGCACCCUUGUAGCCGCCUUCUGCUACCGUCAGUUCUACCCCAACCCUUACCACGAAGAAGGAUGGGGUCCCUACGCCUAUUUCAAGGCAGCUCAAGAACGAGGAGUCCCUGUGACCUCCUCCCAAAACGGAGAUGCCUUGAGGGCUAUGUCUCUGCAGAUGGAUUCAACAUCUCUCGAAAACAUGGAAUCUGGCACUUCCACCGCUCCCAGAUGAUCCUCCUCUCUUAUUAUUUGAUUCAUUAUUUGGUUUUUCAUUUUGAUUUGGCCGUCGUCGUGAGAUUGUGAAUGGUGUAGCUACAUACUGUAUGUGUAUUCAAAACUCUACUUGUACCAUUACAUUUUUGUAAAUCCACUCUUCAUGAAAUUGACGUUUUUCUGGUGUCCGAGAGGCUUGGGUCGCUCGAAUAAUCUCGUCCAAUAGACUAAUACGGCUCUAGUGAACACGAUGGCAAAGCCAUUGUUAGCAUAGCCAUAGCUGGUUCAAUCAUCCACAACACUAAAUUACUCGAGCUCUCCACAUGCGUAAUCUCUCUUUCUCUCUAUUUCUCCCUUCGUUUCUCUCAUUCUUCUUCUUCUUUUAAUUUCUGGGUAGCUAUUAUUUUAGUGUAGAACAAAGUUUGACACUUGUGCUUACGCACAUGCGCUGCCAACUAUGCUGCAGGUAUUAAAUCAGUUCUGA